AUGUUCGGGAUUCUCCAUAUAGCCAAAUUGACAAAUUGAGAUAUUGACAUCAAUGUUGAAAAAUUUAUCGAGAGAGUCGAAGGCAAUAAUGUAUUUUCUUGAGUUCACGUCAUUCAUGAUUAUAUGCUGUCUUCUUCGCUGAAAAAGUCUUCAUUUUGUGUGGAAAUUUCAAUUAAUUUAUGAAGAUGUCGUUGGCGAGUGGGUUUAAAUGAGAAUUUGCAGCUUUUUGGACGUUUGAGGACCAUCAUGGCCUUAGAAGGAGAUAAUGCCAGUUUCUUACUUUAUUACUGACUAACUUGCAAAUAA